AUGCGAGCAGCUGAUGUGGACAAGGCUGGACCCGGUGACUUGAUACUGAAAUGGGGUAAAAAAACACAAGUAGGCUUGGAAAACGAACAAUCGAAUUCAGACGAGCUGUUCGUCUACGUCAACGAGACCCUCUUUGAACGACCAGUUUAUGCUACUUUAAUUGAAGUGUACAAAAGGAAACUCUUCACACCAGAAGUGUGCGGUAAAGAAGCAGAGAUGAACGGGUUCAGGAAGGCUCAACUGCAGCAGGUCUUCGAUACCUGGACGUCUACAGAAGUCUUCAAACUGGCAGCUGAUUAUUUGCGAGAGAAGGAGUUCAAAUACGCUUCCGACGUGAAAACUUUGAAGGAAUACCUCUGGAACUUAUGGUUCGGCACCUAUACACGCUGCAGAGGUCCAAGUGGAAGUUCAGGUUGGGAGCAUGUCUUCGUCGGAGAAUGGAAGGGUAAGACAAUUGAUGGCCAUCACGAUUGGGUCGGAUAUUACCUGCUCCAGAAAGCCGACCGUGUUCAUUACCGUGGAUAUUACACCUAUGUAGAUAACCUCAUCGGCACGGUUCAGUACACCUGGGAUAACCACGUCAAGCCUAAGGGCGGCUUCCUCAUUGGCACCUCACCAGCGUUCGACUUCUCUCUGUUCUCCGUCUGUGCUAUUCUGCAUCCUGGAAGCAAUGGCUGUAGGUACAAAAUCGACGGGCAUCCCCUCGGCGUCACAUCGUUCAAACAAUCGUGUUCGGCAGGAACCUGUCUUGCAACAGCUUAUCCUACAGCAUAA